UAAAAUUUCGAAUUGUAAUGAAAAUAAAGGAGUAUUUUCAUCAGAUGGAAAGGUUAUUAUAUAUUGUCUCGUAUGUAACGAAUCUGUGUCUAUUGAACAAAAAUGUCUAUUAGAUCAUCAUUCGGAAACAAGUAAGUUUUGCAUUUUAUGCUCAUACUACAUAUUAUUUCGAAUAUACAUGUAUAUUUUUUUUUUAGUUCAACACAUUAAUGCAUUACGAAGGAAUAAAGAAAAAAAAAAACAGCGUUUGAUUACUUCUCAACAUUCGAAUAGGAAAAAUUUAUUUUUUGAAGAUUUAUGUAAUGCAUUUGCCGCUGUUAAUAUUCCUUUGCAUAAGCUGGGAAAUCAUGUGUUAAAAUCAUUUUUGGAAAAAUAUACUGGCAAAUCAAUUCCGGACGAAAGAACUUUAAGAAAAAAUUACAUAUCAAAUAUUUAUAAAAACGUUAUGGACCAAAUAAUUAGUGAUAUUGGAAAUAAUUACGUUUACAUAACUGUUGACGAAAUAACCGAUCCAAGAGGUUUUUAUAAAUAA